AUGAGCUCGGAGCCCCACUACCUGGCCUCCUCCUACCGGAAGAUCUUCGGGGAGCCCCCGCCUCGGCUGCCCGCCUCCUCCUCCUCCCGCCCGGGCAGCGGCCGGGGCCCCUCGCUGCCCCGCAGCCAUGGGCCCCCGCUGGGCGCCGCCCGCCGGGCCGAGGACCUGGACCUGGACCUGGGCCAGGCGUCCGCCCGGGGCCGCGAGCAGGAGCAGCUGCAGGGGCUGAACGACCGCUUCGCCGGCUACCUCGAGCGGGUGCGGCGGCUGGAGCGGCAGAACCGGCGGCUGGAGGCCGAGCUGGGCGCGCUGCGGCAGCGCCAGGCCGAGCCCUCCCGCCUGGGCGAGCUCUGGCGGGGCGAGCUGCGGCAGCUGCGGGCGCAGCGGGAGGGAGCCGGGGCGGAGCAGGCGCAGGCGGCGCGGGCGCGGGAGCAGCUCGCCGGGGAGGUGCAGCGCCUGCGGGCGCGCUGCGAGGAGGAGGCGCGGGGCCGGGCCGAGGCGGAGCAGCGCGCCCGGGCGCAGCGGCAGGAGGCGGACGGGGCGGCCCGGGCCCGCCUGGGGCUGGAGCAGAAGGUGGAGGCGCUGCGGGAGGAGCUCGCCUUCCUGCGCCAGGUGCACGAGGAGGAGCUGGCCGAGCUGGCGGCCGCGCUCCAGGCCGCCCAGGUCUCGGUGGAGCCGGACCUGGCCACGCCGGACCUGAGCUCGGCGCUGCGGGAGAUCCGCGGCCAGUACGAGUCGCUGGCGGCCAAGAACCUGCAGGCGGCCGAGGCGUGGUACCGCUCCAAGUUCGCCAACCUCCACGAGCAGGCGGCGCGCAGCAGCCAGGCCAUCCGGGCCAGCCGCGAGGAGAUCCAGGAGUACCGCCGCCAGUUGCAGGCCCGCACCGUCGAGGCGGAGAGCCUGCGGGGCGCCAACGAGUCCCUGGAGCGGCAGAUCCAGGAGAUGGAGGAGAGGCACGGCGCCGAGGUGGGCGGGUUGCAGGACAGCAUCAGUCAGCUGGAGAACGACUUGAGGAACACCAAGAGCGAAAUGGCUCAUCAUCUGAGGGAGUAUCAAGACUUGCUCAAUGUUAAAAUGGCUCUGGAUAUAGAGAUCGCUGCAUACAGGAAGCUGCUGGAAGGUGAAGAGACACGUUUUACCACUGGAAGCAUCAGCAUUUCGGCUCUGAAUCCACAUUCUAACCCCAGUUAUUCUUUCCAGCCCAGAGUCUUCAGUUUACCUGUGGCCACUGCCUCAAAAAUAUCUCCUACUCUGUCUUUUAAGAAAGAAGAGAAAGAGGAGGCUUCUAAAGUGUCCUCUAAAGUAUCAUCUAGUCAGAUGAGGGAGACCUUUGCUGAAAUGAUUGAGGAGACCGAAACUAAGAAAACCGAGCAAUCAAACCCAGAGGAAGGAAACAUUACAAACCAAAAAAUUUAA